AUGCGCCCCGCGCCGCUGCUCGGGCUCCUGCUCUGGGCGCCGCUGCUCUGGGCGCCGCCGGUGCGCGGCUUCCGCCACGGCGUCCACUGGAACGGCAGCAACCCCAGGUUCCUGCGGGACGACUACUCCAUCCAGGUGGCCAUCAAUGACUACCUGGACAUCUACUGCCCGCACUACGAGGGGGCGGUGCCCGCCGGCCGGGCAGAGACCUUCACGCUCUUCAUGGUGGACCGGGAGGGUUAUCGCGGCUGCUACGAGACCCCCGGCGCCUUCAAGCGCUGGGAGUGCAACCGGCCCCGGGCGCCCUUCGGGCCCGUCCGCUUCUCCGAGAAGAUCCAGCGUUUCACCCCCUUCUCACUCGGCUUCGAGUUCCAGCCGGGGGAGACCUACUACUACAUCUCCGUGCCCAGCCCCGAGAGCGCCGGGCGAUGCCUGAAGCUGCGCGUCACCGUCUGCUGCCGAGGCACCACGCCAGAGCCGGUGACAGAGGUGCCCAAUUCGCAGCCCCGAGGGCGCGGGGGCCCCGAGGAUGUGGUGCCUGCCCGGGGCACCGCGGUCCCAUCACAGUCCUGCAGCCCAUGCCUGGCGCUCGUGCUCCUGGCCCUGCUCUGGAUCUGA